GGGAAUCAUCCCAGAGCAAUGGAUGAUUAAAAAUAUAGGCCGAAGCUCCUAAAUUUGUCCCUGAAUGAUGAACUAAUUUACGCAGUAGCCAACUCUGAAAGUGAAAUUCUGGUGCCUGAAAAUGAAGAAUUACUGGCUAAAGUUGACUUUGUCUUAGUGACAAACAAAUCAUAUACUGGCAUUGACAGACAUGAAAUGGAAAGGCUGUGUUAUCUGAAAAAGUUGAAAGACAUAGGCUUCAAUAUAAUGAAAAAAGAAAAUGAUUUAAAUCAGUUCUUUGGAAUCCAAGCACCUGACAAGAUAUUUGAAAAAUACAUUCACCUUCUGAAUAUUGCUGAGAGAACUUGUAGCUCUACUGGACUGGAAACGAUCUCAAAGUCAACCAGAAUUCGAAUUAUAAAUUUUAUUCUUCGGAGGACAACUGUCCCAAACUGUGGAGGUCUUCGUGAAUUUCUAAACAAUAAGACAUUUGAAACAGUCUUCCCGCUUCAUGAGUAAUGGUACUUGAAAAAAGAGGAAGUGUACAUUGAAGAUGGUGAUUGGAAAAUGGCAGAUGGACUUAAAUCAAAUAAGGCGGCAAAAUGGUCUUACUAAAUAUAAAACAAUUGAAAUCAUCAGCAAUAAUUAUC